GACACUUUAAAUAGUCUUUCCAAAUGUUUCGAAACAUUUGUAGCUUGAAACAUUAUUACUUACCGUAUAAUGACAUAUAGAACAGCCAAUUAAAGUUUCGAAGCAUUUAGCACAACAAUGUUUCGAAGCAUUAGUGGUAAGCUUUAUAUAUCACUGUAGAGUAAGCUUUUAAUGUUAUAUCACAUUUUGACAUUUCUUAAAAUGUUUCAAAACACUAACUUAACAAGUUUGGCAGUAUUUCGUGGUAUGUUUAUGUUUGCUGCAGGUAAAAUCGUUCGGCGCACGGUUCAGCGUCUAUAAAAAUGUGAGUCAAUUAUACUUAGUUUAACUGGGCUUAGUAUUAAACUAUUCUUUUUUCCAGAACAGCUCCUUAUCGUCGCAAGAUACAAUUUUCUAGUUACGAUGGCUUCCUGCAAAAACAAAACUAGAAAGGAGUUUUCGCUCUACGCCAGCUUCAACGACACUUACGUCCACGUCACGGAUCUUUCGGGCAAAGAAACAACCUCGCGCGUCACCGGCAACAUGAACGCCAAGGCCGAUCGUGACGAGGCCUCGCCCUACGCCGCUUUGUUGGCUGCUCAGGACGUCGCCGAUAAGUGCAAGUCGCUCGGAAUCACGCUGCGUGCCACCGGCGGAAACCGCACCAAGACCCCGGGACCGGGUGCUCAGUCGACGCACCGUGCUCUGUCCUGUUCGUCAAAGAAUUUUGUGAUUUAGUGCUAUUAGUAUAAACAUAAAUAA